AGGUAUUGCAGAUUAAAAGAUCUUAGAUCAAAUAUACAUUUUGAUGACCUAUGUUUUAGGAUUGUAAUAAUUCGUAGGCUUCUGUUCCCAAGAAACGAAAGCCAAGGAGCGUUUGUUAAAGUGCCGCACCUCAACUACACGCUACAACAGGACGGUGAACAUAUAAAGCUUCGUGCCCAACAUCUUGUCACUUACACCAGAGAAGCUGAAGCAGCAUCAACACCAAGAACCAGCCACACUAAACUAGUUGAGGAAACAGCUGAAUGAUGAGUGCUGAUCAGACGCAAACAACACUGAGGUCCAAACUGGAGGCCCUGGAGUGUCACUUCACUUGGGCUCUGGAUCUCAGCAAGAUCUUUGUUUUACGUCUCCACGACAAGUUGGUGGACAUCGGCACGGAGGAGGGAAACAGCUGGUUGGGUCACAUCUACAACCUGAGGGGGUUCAUUCAGUGCAAGCUGGACUCCACCGAAGACGCCCUGAGUUUGUUCCACCAGGCUGCAGAGGCCUUCCGCCAGAUGAGAGGGGCAGAUGAAGGUCCCUGGUUGGUGGUGAAUUACGGGAACCUGGCUUGGCUGCACCACCUCCUGGGAGACCAAGCAGAGAGCGAGGCUUACCUUUCAAAGGUUGACGCCCUGAAGAAGAAAUACCCAACUCCAUCGGAGGACGAGCUCCAUGCAGAGCUUUACGCUGAAAAAGCCUGGACCCUGAUGAUGCUCGACAUAGAACGAGAGCUGGUGUCAGAUUACUUCCAGAAAGCCAUCAGGAUGCAGCCUGACAUGGUGGAGUGGAACACCAGUCACGUCAUCUGGUUAGCGAAUGCUUUUAUACGAGGCAGCACAGAUAUGGAGGCCGACAUCUUGGAUAAAAUGAGGGACGCCAAGGAACAGGAUCCAGAGAAUUUGUACCUUGCUGCUUACUACCUGCAGCUACGUGCAAUGAAAGGGCAAGACGUUAAAGACGAAGCACAUGAGUUAGUCGAAAGUGUUUCAAUGAACCCUUUCAGCAGCUACAGUGGUAUGAGAGCAAUACUUCACGUUUACAGAACCUGUAAAUUAAUUGAUGAGGCCAUUGAUUUGGCAGCAAAGGCUGUGGAAAACAAUCCAGAAGAACGUUAUCUGAAGAAAUUUGCUGCACUAACUCUCAAAUGGAAGAUUUUGGAAGUUUUUUUCAGGAAGUGUCGCAUAGAUGAGAGCAUGAUCGACAGAGCAGUCAGUCUCCAAAAGGAGGUGAUUUCUCUUUACCCUGAUUCUUCAAUCGUGGAGGAAAUAGACCUCGCAAAUAUAUAUGCAAAGUCCAAUCACAGGCAGAAUGAAGCUAAAUGUUUGUUCCAAGAACUGCUCGAAAGGGAGCUGGAACCUGCAGAGAAACAGCUGCUUUACAAUCACUAUGCUAAAUAUCUCUUGUUUGAUCUAAAAGAUAGCAACCAGUCAAUAGAAUAUAACAUGAAGGUAGCAGUCAUACCGAUAAAAUCCUACCAUCGUGAGAACAGCAUUAAAGCUCUUGAGAAGAUUAAAAACAAAGGCAGGAACCGAAAGUGUAGAGAAAUAGAGGAGUGUCUGAAAAACCUAUAAGAGCCAUAGUGGGUUGUUUUUAUACUGGUCCUAUAUCUGGAGAAGUUAAAAGUAUUGCAUUACCUAAAAAAAAUACUUUAAAAAAAAGAAAUUAAUCUAUCCUUUAAAAAGCUUUUCUGCUAGUGUUUACACUUUGGUAGUUUAUUGGAAGCAGUACACUCAAUGUGUGUGACAAGCUGCAUAAUUCAAUAACGGUGGUCUUUCAAAUAAAUGUCUAAAUGUUAUUUUCCAUUAUAUGAUAUCACAUGGUUUAUUACAAUAUAUAUUAAUCAGAUGUAAUGUCUAUUAUAUUCCUGUUUUUUUUCUCCUCUCAGCUCUCUAUUUUAAGGUUUUUGUAAGAAUAUUACUACCACCACUAUUAGCUGAAUAGGAAAGCUGCUUUGCUGUCUGCCUUUGACUUCCACUGUGGACAUGUGUAAAUGUUAUUGACAUUAUGUGAAAUUACAUGGUUUAUGACAAUAGAUAUUGAUCAGAUGUAUGUCUAUUGUAUUCUUGUUAUGUUUGUUUUCUCCUGUUUGCUGUUUAUUGUUCAUGGAAGAAUAUUACUAAUACUACUACCAGCAGUAUAUGAAAUCUGCUUUGCUGUAUGCCUUUGAGUAGUGGAAUAUAGAAAUGUCUCUAAUGUAACACUUUAUUUGAUGGAGCCUGAAUAUUACAGCCAGAUGCAACUGAUUGGAUGCACAUUUAAUAGUUGUAACAAUUGCUUUUAAAAAAUAUUUUCUUGUAUGCAAACAUCAUUGUAAUUAUGUGGAAAAGAGGCAAAGCAUCAUAUCUCUAAUCUAGUUAAAUCCACUUUAAAGAACAGUGUGCUUUAUAUAGGGGCAUCUAGUUGCAACAGUUGCAUAUUGUAAACAACAAUAUGACACUCAGCUAUGGUGGCCCUCAGGUAAGGAGCGGUAUUUUUGGGAUUGUAUUACUGCAAAGUCACUCACUUUUAAAACAACAACAGCAAACAGCAAAGUCACAAAAAAGAUUAUUUUGAUGGACAUCUGAGUAAAGUUUAUUAAUAGCAAUUUUAAUGAAGAGUAAAGGUAAAAGAACUCGAUUAAAAAUAUUAAUCUAAUUAUUUAGAGGCUUUGUAAUUAAUUAAUCGAAAUUAAUCGCAUUUUCAUUGCAUAAAUAUUUGACCUGAGAAGAGUGAGAAGUAAUUUUUUUCACAUGGUUUUUUAUUUUUGUUCAACCAAUUCCAGCAGACAAGUGUAGAAAUAGCAUAUUUAGAAAUAAAGUACUUUCAGAAAUUCAGGUAGCCUAUAGGUAAGUAGACCUUCUGUAAACUAUGUUUUUUUAAGUAGACCAAUACUUUCAAGUACAUUCAGAACAUUGGUUAUUUUUUCAGACUUGGACUUAGUUACCCUGGUCCUUAAACCAGUCAUCUGGUGCAGUGUGGGUUGGGUGUGGGUCCUUGUACUUGUCGAGCUAACAUCCACGCUAGCUGCUAAUUGUUUUGCGUUGAGGUGAUACUUGAGGCUGAAUGUGAAUUCCUUGUUGCAUGGCUUGCACACAACCACGCUGUUAUCGACGCUUCCAUCCGUGUGUUUAUUAUAAUAAAAUGUCCCAUUCACGGGGCCACCCGACACAGUCUCGUCAGCUUCUUUGUU